CUGAGCUUACCGGCAACAGCAACCACCGCACAAUAGGAAGGCGCAAAGAAACUCUCGCUAUUCCUUUCUUUCCUCGCAAGGUUUCGCCCAUGGAGGGGUCAACGAGCCAUGACCAUGUGAUCGGAAUCCCGGUGAACAGCACGGCCUACGGGAUCGAGGAGCCAGACUUCCCGGCGGAGGAGACGAUCAGCACACCCGAUGAUCACCCCGGAUUCGUCGGCGCUUCUUUCCAAUCUGCUAGUCGCAACGAUGGGAACGGCUCGACGGCGGCGACCGAUCAUCACACGACCCAAGCUCGCCGGAAGGGGGGCAAGAUCGCGCAGGGCAUCAAAGAACACGUGUCCCUGGGUCCGAAGCUAUCGGAGACGGUCAGGGGGAAGCUCACGCUGGGCGCCAGGAUCCUGCAGGCCGGCGGCGUCGAGAAGGUGUUCCGGCAGUGGUUCUCCGUGGACAAGAACGAGCGGCUGCUCAGGGCGUCGCAGUGCUACCUGUCCACCACGGCGGGCCCCAUCGCCGGGAUGCUCUUCGUGUCCACGGAGCGGGUCGCGUUCCGCAGCGACCGCUCGCUGGCGGUGGCCGCACCCGACGGCGGCAAGGUCCGGGUGCCGUACAAGGUGACGAUCCCGCUGCGGAAGGUGACGCGCGCCGUGCCCAGCGAGAACAAGCACAGGCCCGAGCAGAGGUACAUCGAGGUGCUCACCAACGACGGCUUCGAGUUCUGGUUCAUGGGCUUCGUCAGCUACCACAGGUCGCUGCAGCACCUGCAGCAGGCCAUCGCGCAGGCGAGAUGACACUUCAAGCGAGCGGCGGCCGGAGAUCGUUGUUUCUUGCUUCUCUUCCGAUCGUCUCUCUCUGUACACGCGUUGCGUUUUGUGCUCUGCUUAGAUGGGCAGUGGUUUAUAGGAAUCUGUGUAUGUGUAGGGUUAAUUACAAGUACAACAUGUCGCUGUAUGCUGCUAGUGCAUGACAAAUGUUUUGGCGGUUGGGGAAGAUGGAAUUCAUGAACAAAUCUGGGAAUGGAAUGGCUGGGUUGCAA